AUGGCGUCUCCUACUCCUGCUCCAACUCGGGGCUCUCCCGCUUCUCGGUCUUCAGAUCCCAUUCCUCAUCCCACUGCGACACCGGUUGAUACUACUGUGCCUCCUCCUCCUACUACUACUACUUCGACUACGGAUAUCAAUCCUCCCCCAGACACUCCGACUAGUCGCUACUCCGCUGCUUCCAGAGCCAGCUCCUCCUCUUCCUCCGGCCUGGACUAUUACUCCCACAACUCCCCACCUCCCCUUUCGUCGCAAGUCUACGAUCACCACCAUUCCUCCUCUAUUUCGGGCCAAGAUUACGAUCUAUCCUACGAUCAACCACAAGUACCGGUAUCUUUGCACCGAAAGCCCGUCCCGCCGCCGUUGCAGGACCAGCAUGCCAGUCCUGUGAUCGACCCUGUCCACCUUUCCUCUCCCCUUUCGAUCAAGAAUAAAGCCCCUCCCAUUCCUCAUUCUGCUGUCGGUUCUAUAUCCCCUUCGUCCGUCGAGGGAGGCGACUCCUUUACAUCUGUGCCAAGGAAUUCCAAUAGAUACUCCCGAGGCCGACACCCUGCCAAAUCUCUCCGUAUAGAUACCGCCCCAACAGCUGCGUUUCUCCGGUCCGUGGUUGAGGACGAAGACGACGACGACGACGAAAGCGCCGACUAUUUUGACGAAGAUUACGAGAACCAGUUCACGAAUGGAAGCGGCUUUGGAACCCCCCUGCACAGUCGUCUAGUGAGCGAGCCAUUUAUUCCAAUCUUGAACUCGCCACCCCCUACUCAGCGCCGCGCGACGAGUAUGGCCUUGCACCCUCCGAUGAACCGCCCACCUCCUUUGCAGAUUGAUGUCGAUCCACGAUCCAUGUCCAUGGGCCACGCCGAUCCCAGACAGCCUAAAACCCCCGGAAACAAAAUUAGCUCCUUCUUUGGCUGGAAGGCUAAUACCGCAACCUCGCCUGGCGCCGAGUCUUCCAGUACCGAGAUUUCCGACGGCGGCCGAUCACCUAUGCCUUCUCCCAUGCCUCCCCUAGCCAACGUCCCGAUGAGACCCCCUUCUUCAUACGACACCAAAGCCGGUGGCUUUGGCCCGCCUGCACGGACUCCGUCAUUAGGGACACUUAGCGCUCACGAUACUGUAUAUGCGUCCAAGUUGGCCGAUCUUGAGAAUGAGUUGCGUGAGAUCAGUUCCGAAUUGGCGGGGUCGAUUCGUCGCGAAAUGGAAUUGGAAGAUCUGAUCGAGCGUUUCCAAACAGAGGGACCGGAAGUCAAUCGCCGGACGAGUGACUACUUCUCUGAUUCGGGUACUAGUUCUAUUCGAUAUGGUCCGGACCGACAGGAAGAUAUUGAGAAGAUUCGUCGGGGCGCGGAGCAGGAACGCGCGCAAUUGAAGGCUGAGUUUUCGCAGAGGCUCCAGGAAGAGCGCAUGCAGCGAACUGCGUCUGAAUCGCACGUUCAAAUACUAGAGAACCAGGUUCAGCAGCUUCGGCGAGAACGAACGGAUCUAUCAGAUCUCUCAUCUAAAACGAAAGAGUUGGAGACUGCUUUGGAGAACACGCGGCGGAAGCUGUUGGAGGAACGUCAAUCAAAAGACAACUUUGAAGAUUUACUCACAGCCAUGCGCGUUGAACUGGAACAGUUGCGGAACGAGCGCGAUAUCCUUCGAGAAGGAAAAGCAGCGCCUGUCGUGCAGGCACCUCCCGCGGCGGAGAUGCAGCGAUUGAUCGAAGAGAUUGAGGCCUUGAAGAUUGAGAACGCUUCACUAGCGCAGCUGCAAGGCGGACGGUUCGCAUCAAUUGCCGAAGAGGACAGUAUACAAGUGAAGCGCAACUCGGCGUUUGGUCUUUCACGAUCCAACUCGCUCGCCCGCAAGCCUACCAUUGGUCUGGCGCGCUCCGGUUCCUUGUCCCGCUCCAACUCUGUAUCUGGUAAUAAGGACCGGGGAGAGACACGCGAGUCGCUGGUCGACAAGGUCAAGGAUAUCGAGACCCAGCGAGAUGCUCUCCACCGUACAUUGAGAAGCCUUUUGGACCGCCAUGCUUACCAGGAGCGCGAGUUUAUGAAGCACACUCGCCUUCUCGAAGCUGAGGUUCUGCGCGCUCAGGAAGCCGGCCCACCUCGUAAAAUGGGUUAUGAGCGCGAAGUACGCAGCCUGCGUGACGAGGUGAACCACCUCCGCAUGCGCGCCGAGGAUGCGCUGGAUGGCAAGUGGCAGUGCGAGAAGAAUUUGGCGGGUCUCAAGAUGGAUCUUGACCGUGCCGAGCAAGAGACUAGCUCUCUUCGGGUUCUCCUUCAAGAACACGAUACCGAAGUACCCGAAUGGCUCGAGGCGGACCAGGAAAGCUUUGCCGAGGUCAUGGCCACCUCUUCUUCAUUGGAAUCUGCCUUCCAACAACUCCAAGCAGACCGGCAACAAGCCGAGGCCAGCGGCGAGUCUGCUGACCUGGAGGCGAUCAACAUCCGCAGCAAUGAACUCGCUGGCUAUGUCCACCAGCAACUGCAAGUCAACAGUUCCCUUCGCGGCCGUCUGGCAACGGCCAUCGACAAGGGCGAGCGCGACCAGCAAAUCUCCGUUGAGCGCAUCAACGCUCUGCAGAACCGCAUGAAGGAGCUGGAAGAGAACCUCCUGAAUGCCCAGAACCAUUCCGAAGAGGAACUCGGCAAGCACGAGGAAGAGAUCCGCCUGCUGAAAGAGAACCACAAUGCCCAGCUCCAGCGCAUGAAGAACGGCUCUCGCACACCCGCCAGCCUCUCCCCACGACCACCAAACACACCCUUCGCCGGCCGGUCCCCACGCCUGGACAAGACCACUAGUGGUGAGGGCGUCCCCCUGGCGACCGUUGUCCGCGCCGAAGUACUGGAGAAGCACGUCAAGGCUCUGGAGCGAGCUAUUCGUGAUGUAGACAUGGAGAUGGAGGAAGUAGUAGGACGGAUGAACCGCGCACAAGUUGAUGUGGCCCAGCUGCAAUCUGACAGGGACGAGGCUCUCCGCCAGACCCGCCGCUUACAGGCAGACAUUCAGGCCGAGAGGGAAACCCUUCGGUCUUUGAUGUAA